AUGGCGUUCUUGUAUGGUGUUCUUGAUGCGGUGAAAAACGAAAAUGAAGUGACAACUUAUGAUACAGAUAAGAGUAAAGACAUUAAUACAGUUAUUAAGAAAUUAGAAGAUAAUAUUGGCUCCGGGCGUACUGGGCUUGCGGCGUCUGUCGACGCGGUGAGGGGGUGGUUGGAGGGGUAUGAAGGUGAAGUAAGGGAGAAAACAGGCAACGUAAUUAUCGAAUUAUCAUGGCUUCAAGACCAUUUAUCAGGUAAGUAUUUUAACAGAAUUCAUUUUUCGCAGAAACUGGAAGAGCAACUGGAGAAGUGGAAGACUACGCUAGGGGACAUUGAACAAGAUGUCACUCAUAUUGAAUCUAUUGUUAAUAUGUUAGAUAGUAACUUAAAAACUACAUUGAUGCAUGAGACAAAAGUAAUUAAGAAAUCUGUGCAGGUGUUGAAGAAGAGUGCCCAGUCUGAGUCGUUAAUGGGCCAGGUGCGGUUUGUAGAUGAGGCUCUAGUAAAUGAAAAAACCUUAUUAGAUAGGCAUAUUGAAGAUGAAUGCCAUAAGGUAAAGCAGAAGUUAAAGGCGGAAUUUUGGAAGAUGUCUAGUGAAAUAAAUAAUAUGCACAAGAAUCGGUGGAUGCACUUUAAGAAAAUUAAUGAGAAUAUAGACAUCGCUAAAAAGUUCUUAGACAAUGACUUCGAAAAUAAUUAUACUAGCAAAAUCUUAGGUAUGUUGCACGAGAUAAAAAUGGCCGUUAGCAAUAUUCAUGGCAAUUUAAUGUCAGAUAAGGCAAUGCUAUUGCAGUUGGUUAGCAGCGCACAGGAGAAUUUUGUUGAGAUACAAAAUGGAGUUGGAACAAGUGAAAGUUCACCGGGUAGCAUAUAUGAGCAAUGGGGGCAGAUGAAACUCAAGAUUGCGAAACUGGUUGGUCAGAUUAUUGGUGAUGGGCAACAGAAUAAUGAUGGAAUCCCCAACAAUGAAGGUCUGACACAAAUUCAAAAAGGUAUCAUUGAGUUUGCGAAUGGGUUCAAGGAAGAGGCGGUACAGGAAUUUCUAGCAAAAUGGAUUGCAGAAUUGGUAGAAGACGGGGUCGGUUACGGUAAGAUAUAUGCAUACGUUACUAACAACGAAUCAAAGUUAAAGGGAGUUACAAAACCCGAGAAAACUGGCAAUAUUAGAGAUGCAAUCAAGCGAAGUCUCUCAGGAUUCAUUUCGAGCGAUAUUCGCAGUGCUGCUCAGGAAACGUUCCGAGGUGUUAGUGUCACGAAUAUUGGUGCAACAUUCGAGAAAUUUGCAAAUCAGGUAGAUAAUAAUCUUACGAAAGGAGUGAAUUCAUCGAUUGAAUUGGCCGUAAAAGCGAUUGUAGUGGACGUGAAAAGCGGUAAUCACCAUCAAGAACCCGAUCUCACAGAGGUUGUUAAGGACAUUCUCAAAUUACUUGUAACAAGAUUUAAGCAAGUUGCAACCGAACUAAGCAAAUUUGUCACAGCCUCUAAAAUGGGAAACUUAAGAAAGAUUAUAGCACAUGUAGAAUCUGUUGGUCAGGAAUUUAAAGGCGGUAAUGGAGACUACGCUAAACAAAUCACUAGUCACUUGGAAACACUGAAAACGAAGAUUGAAACUCUCGGAAAUUUGUUAGGAAAAAAUAUAGGAGGCAACGGUUCACUUCAAAAUAGAAUAAAUAGCGAAUCAAACGGACUGCAGAGUGUGCUUAAAGAACUUGAAACUCUAUUGAAAGAUGAUUUCGGCGUAGGUCAUGACGUCGUAAUUAAUGCGAAAAGAAGCGCGGCAGAGGAAAAUAUGAAGGCGUUGAAAACGGCACUUAGUGAACGGCUUGAUACCAUCCAACAAACUGUAUCCCAAUGCAACAAAGAAUUAAUAAACUCCGUAAAAUCAAUCCGAGAUGCGCUAAAUGCAUCACACGAAAAAAAUAAAGAAGCGAUUAACGCACUGAAGGAAUCGACCGGCCAAAAAGUUCAAGCGGCAUUCACGCAACUGACGAACCAAAUUCGAGCCAUGUAUGCUGAGCAGAGAGCUGUUGACUUGCAAGCAUUUCAAAAUUCAGUUGUAAGCCAGCUGAGUGAAAUGCAAAGCAUAAUCGAUAAACACAAAGUGACGGGCGUCAAGGGUUUGUUAGGUAAGGUAAAUAAACAAUUUGUUAAGCGAUUAGAUGAUUAUGUCCCAAAACCUCAAAGUCGAGACGGAUGGAAUGAUAGGAAACUCAAAGACAUUGCCAAAAAACUUAUUGAAGUCAAUGGAUUUCUUUUCUACAAUCUUGAGCAUCAACCGGAUUUCUCCUUCUACUACGGUAAGGUGCAGCCUUGCUAUGACUCCCUCAUUAACCUACUUAAGCAUCUUGAAAAAUCCAAUGAAUAUGAUCACGUUUUUACCACCCUUUUUGAACGCUUUGUUAGUGCUCUUCAUGACUUCGCUCCCAAAAACUUUUCGACCCCUUGUUCCCCCCUCCUCGCCCCCCUCAAGGCCGGCCUCGCCAAAUUCACCGAGCAACUCGGCCACGCGUACGUGAACAGGUACUCUGGUCAAAAAUACACUGCGUUAACUGUUACUAAAACCGUUAAGGAGCCUUCAAAAACAGGUGAAUCCGGUAGUAAAGUCACCACCAAAACUGUUACCGAUUUAACCCCUGAGGGCCGCAACUGCGCCAAGGUCUGCCUGACGAUAGUGGAGAUACUGGUUGGGGAAUUAGAGAAGUUGAAAGAGGAUUCAAUGUUACAUAAAAAUAAGCAAAUCAACACUUAUAAACACAACGUUUUUGGCAAAUGGUUCGAGAAACGCGGUUACCGUGUGACGUCAGAGGAGGGUAAGCAUCACGGUGAGUUGCAAGACAAGAGUGACAUGACAGGAAGAAAAAUUUAUGAUGAUCUUCUCAACACGUUUGUUAAAUCAUUUGACAAGCAAGCCGCAGAGACGUGGGGAAAACAGAUGAUGGAGCAUAAAGAAGCUGCUACUGGGAAUCGUCAUCCACCUAGCGUCCUCGACAUUCUCGAUUACCUUUAUACUUGCCUCAACCGUUACAACGAUGUAUGUCACCUGUCCACAUUAACGUCUACAAGAAAGCCUUGCAACGUAUACGAAAUGCUCGUAUGGCUUUCUGGUCUUCCACAUCAUCCUGUCCAUACAGCUAUGCGAGACGUAGCAAUACUUGAACUGAUACAAGAACCCGAUGAUGAAGAAAAGCAUGGAACCGAGGUUGAAGAUGGCCUCAAGAUAUCGUUAGUACAGGCUGCAGAUAUAUCUCUACCAGCGUACCCGAGAAUAAUAUCAUAUGAAAAUAUACGAGCAGCAGUAACACACAUCUGCUCAGAAGCAUAUGACGUGUUGAUUGGCAUCCUCGGAACUGGCGAUGAACUUACAAUCUACGGUAGCGACUACGCUAACAACUCUAUGAAAUUACACUAUCCCACAUCCGGGCAGGACUGUCUCGACAUGUUCCUUGACAUCCUCCGAAGAAUGUUACCAACGUUAAGCUUCUUGAAAAGCCAAUGUAGCCUCACGACUGAACAUCGCGGUUGGUACGACUGCGAGUACGGUAUGAAUACAGCUCCCGCCAAGUGGCCGUGCAAGGACCACUCAAGCGACAAAGCAACGAGUCAACCAACCAAGCAACCAAAGUGCCAACCAACGUGCGAUGCAAACAUCAAAGUAAACUGCCAACCAACUUCCCCUUUAAUGUCCUAUUUGAAUGAUUGUCUACCUGGUCAUUUACCACAUCAGCUCAGCAAAAUCGGUUGCAAAUACGAAUGUGCUACCUGUCCGUCCACUUCUAAAAAAGGAAUGCCAUGUCUAACUCCACUUGGAUUUAGAGGGUUCUCCGGUAGUACGAAGAAAGGCAGGGACGUAUGCAAAGCGCUGACCAAGUUCCUAGAUAAUGUCGAUAUUUCAUGCUUAUUCACUCUUAUGCCAAUGCCGCCUGCCACCUUACCUGAGCACUUCGGAUUUGCGUUGUCUGUUGCGCAGUACAUCAACACUGAGCAACCCGUAUACGUUAAGACUGAUACUUUCUCGUAUGCAUUUGAGUCGUCCAUCGGAGCGCAAUCUGUCGAGCUUUAUAAGGAUUCAUACGCGCUCACUAAAUCCAUCGUUAACGCAUACGGUUCCGACGCCCUAAAACAUUCUGCGUGUGAAAGUUACCAUCUACAAAAUCUUACGAUUAAUAGCGUGUGUAAUAAAGGCCAAAACAAAAAGAGCUGUGUGCCCUAUGUAUCAUCUCUGUGCAACUAUUCUUAUGAAGUAGUCGCCCACAAGCAUGCUAGCACCUACCUUUCCUGGGCCAUCUACCUCCCAUGGACGUUUUGGGACCUACUCAACAAUCUCUACAACGCCUUCUGCUCCAUCAACUGCCAGGACUGGGGAUGCCGUGGAUGUCUGAGAGGUGAUAAGUGUAAGAAGGGGGAGCAUGGUGUUGUUGAUACAGAGAAGCCAAAUAACAAAUGUCAGUGCACUUCCAUCGUCGACUGCAAAGGCGUCGCACCAACGCUCUACCAGUACGGUUUCGUCUUUGGUGAAGCGUCGACGCUGAAUGACAAGGCAUCGCCGAAGAAGUGCUCUGAUUUCUGUAGUCAAUUGAAGAAUGUUCUCAAUUCGCAGUACUUCAAGAAAUUGUUUGAGGAGUGCGACAACUUCCUCUGGAGAAUCCGUGAACCAUUCUCCUACCUUGUCCUUUCCCUCUGGCUCCUUUCCAUCCUCUACCUCAUCCACAUCAUGGUCAUCCGCCUCGACCUGCUCCACAUCAAAUCGCAUCUACAUAGUCCCUCGAGUCAUAGGAUUGCUGCUCAAUCACUACUCGCUGCUGCGCGUGUUAACAAACUGGGCAGGGUGUUUUACCUGCAACCAUAA